UAUAAACGAGUAGGUCGAUCUAUACACUUUAAAAAUAUUCUAUAGGUUCUGAUUUUAUUUUUUUUACAACGAUUUUAACACAUUUUCAAUAAAAGUAUGUUUUUAUCACGUCUAAUAUUGCUUAUACUAUUACAACAGUCAUUCAUCGCCAGAACUAGUAAGUAAUAAAUUAAUACAUUGAAAAUUUCGUAUUUUACAUAAUGUGAAGAAAUUACAAAUAUAAAGUAUAAGUUACGUUUAUAGACGAGUAAUAUAUUAUACUAGCAAUAAUGAUUAAACUUCACAAAUUAGUGUUAUUAAAAAUAAUAAUUUUGUAAUCUGUUUAGUUUCUCAAAUAGUAGGAGAUUCGGCUAAAAUACCUCAAAUAUCUCAAACACCUCAAUCGAUAUGUUCUUAUAGAAUAACGUGUGAUAUCAAAAUGAAAAGAGAUGACAUGGAUCAGGUGUCUCCAUUAUGUACAGCACUUGCAUCAUCCAACAACACUGAAGGUUGGUUUAUAUUGAUAUUUAUAAUUUUUAUAAUUCGGCAAUUUCAAAGAACCUAAAGAUUAAUUUAAAGUUAAAAGUUUUUUUAACAAGUUUUUCGUCACGAGAAGUAUGUAGGUUUUUGAUAAAUGAUUUACUACUAUGUUAUUAUUAUUAUAUCAUAAUAUGUCAUGUCAAUUAAAAACAGUGUAGAAUAAAGCCUAAUUCACACUUGCAUGGCACGGCAUAAGGCGGCAUAACGCGGCAUAACACGGCAUAACACGACAAACAAAAAUGAGAAAUUUAUAUGUGAUUGACCAGUAAUGCCAGAUACAUACAUAGUUAUACUACUUAAAAUCAAUAUUAGUUUGAUUACAGUUUUUGUUUUGAUCAGUUUUUUUUUUUAUUUUAACUCUUUUUCGGCACGAGAAGGGUUGAGUUAUAGAGUUAAAAUGUUUACAACAUUAUGUUUUUCCAUCACUUAAAAAAUAUAUAUAAACAUUUUAAAUUUCAUAAUGAAGUGCUUUUGGAUCAACCUAAUUUAUUUUUACUAUAUAAAAUAUAUUUAAAUAUAUAUAAAAAUAUGUAUGUUUCAAUUUAAUUAAAUUUUUUAACAGAACAAAACAAUUAUUUGCUAGAAUGUUUUGUUAUAUGGAUAAGUAUGUAUUAUCGUAAACAAUUAUAAUGCUAGAAUAUUUUUUCGUAUCUUGCCGUGCCGUAUGCUCUAACCGUGCAAAUCGGAAUUAAGACAAAUAAAAUUAAAAAAGAGUAGAUAUUGUUGAUGGAUGCGCUACUAUUGGAAGUAAGAAGUUAGGAAGAUUAGAUACAUAAGGUUAUUUAAUUUAAAUCUGUAACGAAAGAUAAAUUAUUGCUAACGAAAAACGAUUUGGAUUGAAUUUCGGUUAUAUUUGUUUUAAAAAGCUAUAAUAUUUACGAUUUUCGUCAAAAUUUUAUUUUAAAUCUCUUAUAAAAAAAAAGUUCAAUUAUAUACUUAUUGUUUUAUUAACACUAAGUACGAAUUAUAAUAAACCUCCUAUCAAAUUUUCAAUCUUGUUUAGUCGAAUAAUUUUAUCCGCAGAGUACCUACCAAAUAAAAAUUAUGUUAAAAUCUAAUGAAAUUAAAAUAUUCAAAAUAGAUCGCAAAUGUCUCAAAAGUUUUCAAAAUUUUAAAAAUAUUGAAAAGGUAAACGUACAUUUUCUGUCGAAAUUUCAAAUGUCUGCUAAUAUUUUUAACUGAAUUAAAUUUUAAAAAUAAAAUUUAAAUUAAUGAAAAAAUUAUUUUCGUAAAUUUUCCGGUCUUUCUACGUAUUAUAUGAAUUUGAUCGAUUGUUUAAAAAAAACCACAAAGAGAAUCAAAACACGACUUACUUGAUCCCCAACUAAAUUAAAAAUGGAACAAAAAAGGACUCUUGUCGUUUAUCUAUCAGAGCAAUACAUAUGGCGGAAAAAAAAAAUUUAAACCAAUGAAAUCGAUAACACCGCAGCAUGCCAUAAAUAUUUUCCAUUUUACUUAUAAUUUUCUUUCGGGUUUUUUCCAUUUAUUUAGAAAACCACUCGAAAAAUCAAAAAAUGACCUCUCUAGUCCACUAAUUAAAACAAAAUUUCCUUUUAGAAAAGGUACUAUACUCUAUACUUGGUGUUCCGAUAUUAUAUCGCACAACUUGUAAAAUUUUGAAUCGGUAUUAAACAUUGUUAUGGCACGUAUAAUUUCACAAAAUAACAAAAGUGAAUUUCCAAAAUAAAAAUCAUAAUAUUUUGUGGCUUAUAAAACAUAUCAUUAAGAGGCCACAGGGAUGACGCUUCUAUUUAUUAUGACGAACAUAAAGAUUUUAAUAACAGUGUUAUGAUACAAAAAGGGACUUGAAGGCUUUGUUACAAUUUCGAAUUGACGCAGGAGAUAAAAUUUUCGAAGAACAUUUAAAUACAUCACAAUGUAAUGCAACUUUUAUGAGUAAGACUAUACAAAAUAAUUUAAUAGAUCGCUGUGGAUAUUUCAUUAAAUAAAAAAAUCAGUAACAAUUUAUAAAAAACAUAUAGCAAAAUUAUAUAGUGUUUUAGCUGAUGAAAAAUCGAUAAUAGUAUAUCUGAACAAUUUACAUUUUAUGUUGAAUAUUUUGAUGCAGAUAAGUGUUUUGAAGAAGACAAUUUUCAUAGAUUCGCAAAAGUUGAAAACGUUACUGGAGAAAAUUUGACUAAUAUUAAAAUACAAUUAAUACAAUUAAUAAUACAAUUAAAAGUUAAUAAUUUUGAUAUUUUAUAUCCACAAGGAUAAUGGUAUGAUGAAAUAACCAACAUGAAUGGUGCAUUUAAGGAGUACAGAGUUGUGAAAUUACAACCCUUUGCUUUCUAUACUCAUUGUGUAAACCAUUAAAUUUUGUAUCAAAUAAAGCUAGUUCUGUUACUCCAAUACGUAAUGCAAUUGAUAUAAUUACAAAUAUUAAUUCCUUGAGAGAAUCUGAUUUAAGAAUAAAACAUUAAAGUUUAAAAAUAACAGAACUUUUUCCAGCUCAAAAAACAGUGAAGGCUAAACAAUUAUGUAAAACUCGCUGGAUCAAAAGGCAUAAAGUGGUUUUACAUUUUUUAGAAAUAUUACCAGCUAUAGAAAGUACAUUGGAUGAUUUAAGUUCUAAUAACUAUGCAAGUAACGAUGCUUAUUCACUAUCCAGAUCAAUUUGCAAUUUGCUAUAUACACGAUAGAGUCUAUUAAAUCUGUAUUGAACACAAUGAGAAAUAAUUCGGCAAAUCGAUUUAAAAUUUGUUUUGACUAAACUAAAAUCAUAGCUAAAAAACUGGAUGUUGAAAUACGGACUCCAAGAAUAACAAACAUACAACGACAUCGAGCAAUCGCCUACCGUAAAUAUCCAUCUGAAUAUUAUCGAAUAAAUCAUUUAUAUACACCUGAAUGAAAGAAUAUUAGAAUAUAAGAAAUAUUAAACGCCACUCAAAAAUAUGAAUCAGGUUUACCCAGUAGUAUUGAAUUACUUCGUGGAGAUGUGUUUAUGGAAAGAGUUACGGAGGAAAAAAAUUUGAAAAACCGAUACUCCUCUAGAAGCUUACAAAUGUGCAUCUAAGAUUCCUAAAAUUCUAAAAAUAUUAUGUAUUAUACCCUUGACAACAAAUUCACAGCGAUAAUUCAGUUCAUUGGAACGAAUCAAAACCUAUUUAUGGUCUACAAUGAAUCAGAAUAGAUUUAAUGGAUUAGCGAUGCUGUAUAUUAAUAAAGCAUAUAAUCAAUACAAUUAAUAAAGAUAUAGCUGUAACCCCAGAAAAGUCAUUGGACAUUUUGCAAAAAAAACAUAAAAGAAAACUUCAAUUACAUUUGAAAUUAUUAGGUAUUAAUAUAUAUGUAUGUUUUUCAUUUAUAUAUUUUAUAAUUUAUUUACUAUAAUAUAAAUAAUGUGACCCCUUUUAAAAAAAAUUCUGGAUCCGCCACUACAAUAACUGUAAUAACAAAUAUAAAUCAUAGUUUGUCGGGAGUUUGUACAUAGUAUCUAUAGCAUAAUGAUCUAUCACUAUAACCACUAUUAUUACAUUCAAAUUGAUAUGCAACUUACAUUGUACAUUGCAUCAGUUUUACAAUCGGUUUGGAAAAAACAAUUGGCCAAUAUUUAUAUCGGUUAUCGGUGUUGGACUAAUUAUUAUAUAUAGUUUAAUAAACGUAAUAAAUUAAAAUAAUAUCAUAAAAGUAAUAAAAACUCAACAAAUCCAAAAUAUAUUUUUUUAAAUAAAUAUUUCAAAAAUAACUAAACUCAACAAUAUUAUAAAAUGCAUAAAUAUGUGAGUACAUGUUUUAUAGUAAAUAAAAUAAAAAUCUUCUAUGCUUUGAUUUAGCAAAACUAUCUGUACUCGGUAGUUGGUAAUUACUAUAAUAAACAGCAAUAUCAUAUUACUUAUAACCGUCUUCGUUAAAAUUAUAUGUGAUACCAAAACACUUUUGUAAAUUACAAAAUUAACGUUUUAGAAUAUAAAUAAUAUGAAUUUAACUAUAUCUACACAUAUUAGGUGUGCUAAACAAAAAUGUAUGGUACCCUUUUGCAUACCAUUGAAUCCCGAAAAUGAUGCUCCUGCUAAUAAUGAACUUUGUAUUAAACUGUCACCAUUUCAAACAAUCGUAUCUAUAUAGUACAUAUCAAUGUAAAAAUCCAUUUUAUCCAUUUGCUAAUAACUCUGUCAAUAUUCAUUUUAUUUUUUCGGUGGGGAAAAAAACUUAACAGAGGAAUAUCUGGUCAAUUGAUUUAUGGAAAUAAACAAUUUCAACAGCAAAAUGUAUUUAAAUUAACAAUCGAUUUUUUAAUGGAAUUUUUAACAUAGGUUAUCUUUUCAAAAUCAAAAGUUGAUGUAGUUGUUUCCCCCAAAAAUAUUAUUUUGUUGUUGAGUGUGUACUGAUAGUUUCUGCAUUCAAGUGAAUCCUCUAAAUCAUACGAGUUUCUGUGACAGCGGUUUUACCCAUAGGCAUGUGCAAACCUUGUUGGCAGGAGGGACAGAAUAUACAGAAUGUUUCACUAAGCGUGCUCAUCUCAUUUUUUAUUGUUACAAUUUGUAUAUAUUCAAAUUCAAAGUAGCAUAGGCGCACAUUAGGUGUAAAUUAAGGAGGCACCAGAAUAAUUUACAGUACAUAUAUCCAUGCACCCAACACUCCCAUAAUUCUACAAUAAUCAACAUUUAAAUUAAAUAUACUUGUAUAUAGACAAAUUUAUUUAUUUAAUUUUUCGUAUUGCUCAUAUAGAUCAAAGCAGUCGCAGUUCAGGGAGUUCGCCAGUCCCUAUUUAUACAGCAUUAAAUUACAUCUUGCAUAUCCUGUUCUGAACCUAAUUAGUCGACACCAAAAAUGUUUAGGUAGUUAAACCAGUUCGUUGUUAUAGGUAUAACUGUAUAACUGUAAGCAAUGGUAAACCACUGCUUAUGAAAAAAACGAUUUUGAGUGGAGUUCAGUCGAUAGUGAUGUUUUGUCAAUAAUAAACAUGGCAUAUUAUGGUAAAAUAAUUAAAAACGCUUUAUAUAUUUUCUUAAAUGAUAUUAAUUUAAUAUUCUACCUAUUUUCCCGUUUUUCAUACGGUUUUCCCGUGUUUUUCCCGGUUUUUCAAAUUUGCUGAGAAAAUUCCGAGAAAAAUCAAAAAGCGAUCUCUUUAAAGUACUUCCCUAGUGAAAUUUCUUUUUAGAAAAAUAGUUAUUAUUAAAAGCUAGAGCAAAAUUGGUAAUAGGAAAGUUGUCCACAGGGAAAAAAAGAACGUAAUAUUUUUGACUAAUUACUACAUUUCUUACAUCUUGCGUCGGGGGUUCCUCCUUUUGAUAGUCAUGAAGAGUAGUUUGAUCCAAUGGUGUGGUCCAAAUUCUAGCUUAGGCGUGUCAAUGAUUUUGGUGAGUAAGCCUUUGAGGGCCACCUUUAGAGGUCUUUCAGUGGCUAUGGGACCAUGUGGUAAUGGCAGUCGGUGUUUGUCUUCUGUAGGUAUUUUUAAACAAUUCGGUAGACCUCGGUGUCCACGCACUUGAGCUUAAUGCCGGUUCCGUGAACCCUAGCCUGGAGGCAAGGUGGAUAUUAGUUUACCCGCCACUCCUUUCCAGGUGGAGUCCUGGUGAAAAAUGGGUGGGAUUUUUAGAAAGUGUUUAUGGGGAAAUUGAGCCAGUUGAGUUGGAUAUACUCACGGGUUUGGACUUGAAUGAUGAUGAUGAAGGUGUUUCACGCUUCCGGAAAUCCGUGUUAUUACGGCCCCAUAACGAUAAGCCAUUAAUUUGAGUUCAUCAAAGAAUUAUAUAUUUAACUUUUCCAAUAGUGUCACAUUAGAUAAUCUUAUAUCCAGUGGUUAUCUUAUAGUUAGUGAUGUUAUUUUUUAUUUAUUAUUACAUAAUUUAUUACGUAUUCAAAAUAUAUAAUCUAUAAUUACUGAUUAAUGUUAUACAAAAUUUUAUUUUCUAUUUGAUAUUGCAAAAUUUUGUAUUAUAAUUUUUAGUUAAUUCGUGAACUAUUUUGAAUGGAAAAAAGUUAAUAUUUUAUCCAAAGCAAUAAACCAUAAUAAUUUAUAAAUGAUUAGUGAAAUAGUGAAAUAAAUUACGUAGAAAAAUUGAGGGUGCUAAAUUAAGACUGAGGGUCUUAGGUAUUGGUCGACUUUGGACAGAUUUUAUCUUUUACAUUUUACGUGCAAUAAAUAAACAUAAGUAAUAAUAGAUUUGAUAAUUAUAUAAUAUAAUUAAAUUUAACGUAACUAUUCAUAUUUUAUUAAAAUAUACAGUAUUACCUAAUAUUCAUAAAAAACCGAUGGUAUUAUAUUAUGUUUUAGCCAACAUCCAAGGUUUAAAACCACUUAGAACACAAGUACCACCAUUACCGUUUAUGCGUGUUUAUAAACUGAAGUAUGAACAAUGGGACGAUGUUUUCAAAAAUGCUGGAGAGUUGACCAUCGAUACAAUUUCUCAAGCAAUAACAAAUGACGGUUUAUGCGCUGUGGCUUUUGAUAAGAUGUAUAGUGUAUGUAAAUUAUAUUGGUUUUUAAAUUCUAAAUGGCAUUAAAAUUUAUAAUAUGAUUAUAAUUACGUUUUUUUUAAAAAAAAGCAGGACUUAAAUCGAAAAAAAAAUUUUGGAUUAAAUUUCGAUUUUGAUUACCAUUUUUGAAUUUGUUAAAAUUUGAUUUUGAUUCUGUUUACCGGUUUUUCAUUUGUUCAAUCUUGUAAAUCGGUUUUGAAUUUGCGUGGUUUGAAUUUUGAUUCAGAUACUGGUAUCAAUUUUUAACAGGAAUUUUAAAUAUAGUUAUGAAUUUUUUUUCAACUAUUUUGACGAAAUGAUCAUGUUUUUAUUUAAAAAAUGGUUUGUUUUCGAAAACCAUGUACCAGGCUAUCAAUGUUGAGUGCGAUAAUGGAACAUAUUUUAUUUCCUUAUGAAAUAUUAAGUGUUUAUAAACUAAAAAUUAAAAUUAAAAUUUUGAUAUUUAUUAAUUGAUUUGGUUUUUUGGUUCUUUUAGAUUCUGAGCGUUGCGAGGGAGCUUUUGGUUUUACAAUGCUGUUUAUUUUUAUUUGUUUUUUCUUUGUUCUAGUCUGUGGACACGUUUUUUCUUGGUAAACAAAUUUAAAAAUCAAAAGACACUUUUUUUAUUUACUUUCUUACGGUUUCUUUGCCAAAACUUUUGAGCUACUGUUGAACUUUUAAGGAAUUUUAAUUUUUAGAAGUUUUUUACUGUAAUUCGGUUAUAAAUACACAUACAGACUUGAACUUGGUCAUAAUACUUAUCUUGGGCUUACCUAAAUGUGGUAAAAUUUCCAAAAUUAUUAGACGAGUUUUUUCUUUUUAAUAAUCGUUUUGAAAUCAAAUUUAAACGAAAAUUGUAAACAAAAUUACGACACUUAAAAUUAUGUAUUACCGAACUGCACUCGGAUUCUUCUUUCGUCAAGCAAUGGUUUAUGGUUGCUUACAGAUAUAAAUGAAAUAAUCUUAUAUAUCCUACCUUCCCAACUUUUCACUUACAACAGUGGCCACUCCCAGUAUCAGCUUUUUUUUUCAUUUUGAUAUGAAUUUUUGAAGAUUUCGGUUUCUGUUUUUUUUUCAGAUUUGUUUUCAAUGCAUUUCCUGAUUUGAAAAUCAGUUUUUAUUUUGUCUAAUUUUGAUUUAAAUUUUAGAAAUAAUUUUUUUUUUUUCAAUUUUGUUUUCAAUUUCGGAAAUAGGUUCUUUUCGAUUUCAGUUUUAGUUUUGGAAAUCGGUUUUGAAUUUUAUAGCUUAAAGUUUGAUUUUUAUGUUGGUAUCAAUUUUUUAACGGUUUUAAUAAGUAUUUAAAGUUGAUUUCGUAAUUGAUUUCAAUCCCUAGAAAAAAGUUUAAAUGUUAUUAUUGUUAUUAUUGAGUGUUAUUGUUUUGGUCAUGAUUUAUAUUUUUCUGAUGCAGUCAACCCCCGGUACAAGUGAUGACAAAGAGAGAUCGGACAAAAUUGUAACAUUUUUUUGCCAAUUAAAAGAAAGGAAUCCUGGAAUAUUGUUUGGAAUAGUUUUACCAAAGGAUGGCCUCUUAAUACAUCAUGGUGAGUUUUCAGAAAUUCUGAUAUUAAAUUUUAAGAGAACUCUCAUCUUAACUAACAUGAAACAUAAAACAAUUACAUUACUUUGUAACCUACCGGCCCGCUAGGCGCUACUUUGCUCAUAUAAACCGUGAGCUAUUAGAGAGUCGAGGGUCAUGCGACAAGCAUGAGGACCAUUUGUAUAUUUUCUCGCCGACCGAACACCGAGACGGUUACGCCGGAGUACUUAGAAUUUUUUUCUUUUUUUUCUUUUCGGUCAAUAUAAUGAUAGGAAGUUGUCAUUUUGUAUAGGAACCUGAGAAGGGGUAAACAGGGUAAUAUAUAUGUAUAUAUAUAUAUAUAUAUUUAUACAUACCUAAUUGUAAUAAUAAAAAAUAACCAGUUUGAUUUUGGGGAGAAAUAAAAGUUGGUAUAUUAAGUUAUUUUGAAACAAACAAAAAGAAGAGAUCAAAAUGUUUAUAUUUAUCAGUCAGGUUAACGUGAAAAAAAGCACAAAGCGUAAAAACUUCACUAGAAUAAUGGGGAACCGUUUGAUGUAAGGUCAUAUACAAAAUCAUGAAUAUAUAAAUAAUCGUAAUGUCAAAACACAUAAUGUCAAAAACAAUUUGAAUAUUUUUCAUAAUUAUAGUUAUAAAUCUGGUGAUAGGCACAAUAAAGGAGUAUGAGAAAAGGAGCAUGUGUGUGUAUGGUACCUAUGCGGAUUUUGUCGAGCGCGCAGCGAUAUUAGACUUAUUUACCUAAGGGGUGAAUAAUUUUCAAUAUUAACAAUUUCUUUUUCUUUUUAUAUAUAUAUAUAAUAUAAUAUGUAGAGGAAAGUCUUUUUUUGUUAGUGUCAACCAGGACAGAAGGACAACUGUGGAUCUUCUCUUUUGACUAUAUGUGUAUAUAUAUAUGUGUAUUUUGAGAAGCUCAGCCAGGGUCACUUCUUACCACGUAUGUGGAAUUACUCCGAUGAACGGGUUACCGAAAUUUGGUGGUCCAUGUUAAUAUCCCUUGAUUGACCUACUGUGAAACCUAGAAAGUUAGGGUGGUUAUACGAAUGACACCUUGGGACAUAGAGUUUUUCCAUGUUUUUUCCCGAUUUUUCUCAUUUAUUGGGAAAACUAGUUAAAAAAUCAAAAAGUACCUCCCCAGUCAGAUUUCCUAUGCUAUCAUUGGAAAUUGAAGCAACAUUUAAUGCUAAUAGAAAAAUUAGUUGAUACGCAAUAAACUGAAAAAAGUUCGAACAUUUUGAGAUUUCCCCCCUCAAGCACAGGGUCCUUGAAGACGAAAACUUAGGAUAGAUAUCCUAGAGUACCCCCAAAUAAUUUUUCAAUAUUUUAUUCACUUUGGAAUACUUUUCAGGUAAAAAGUGGAUAUCGACUAGACUAGUAGUUAAUAUUGCCAACAUCAGAAACUAGAUUGUUAAUUUGUCAAAUUUUUUGUAUUUUUCUCCUCCGUUAUUUUAUAAAUAGCUUGAUGCUUAAAAGUAGCUGAAACUGGGUAGCAGAAAGCAUAGCAACCCUACUUUCUUACCUAUAAAAUAACGAGAUAAGAUAACCAUCUGUAAUUAAUUAUGUAAUAACUAUCAGUUUUAUAUCCCUGUGUGUAACACAAAUUAUGCUGCUAAUGCCACUCCUAAAAAUAAUGGGGAUUGUUAAUACAAAACAAUCCCACUGUUCUAAUUAAUUACUUUAUCUUAUUAUAUAAUAUAUUUUCUGUUUUGUUUAUUACUAAUUAAUAUUGUUUUUUUAUUCUUAUUAAUUAUUAUAUAUCGCUGUAUUAUUGUCUAUAGAUUGUGAUAAUAAUCUCACAAAUUGUUUACUUGUGGGCUACUAGCCCGAAAUGCUUUAAAAUGAAUAACGAGGGUGGUAGUGGCGGAUCCUAGGGUUGUCAAGGGAGGGGUGUCUUUUGUUUUGUUUUUUUUUUUUUAGUAGAUUCUUUUUCAUGUUGUACUCAAUUAUGUAUAAAAUGCGUUACAAUUUAUUUAAAUAAUGAAAUAUGUAGUAUAUUUUUGACAAAUUAAGUCUUACCUAUUCAGGUUUAAUUCAAUUUAAUUUUGACAAAAUAACUUAGGUAAUAUUAAUAUUUUUAUUUAAAUUCAAAAUUAUACUUAACUAACUUAAAAUGAACAACUUAUGUUUUUAUAAAAUUAAAUCUAUAGCUCUAAGCAUCAAACCAGUCAAUCUUUCUUUGCCCCUUUUUGCUUGUAACCAGGUGUUCAAUAGAAAAAUAUAAAAACUGAAAGCAACAAACAAAAAGUUGAAAACAUAUUAUGUACUAAUAAAAUCAAACUAUAAUAGUAGGUACUAACUAAUAAAUGCUUGUACAUUAUAUUCAAUUCGCAAAUAUUAUGACCUUUCAAACAUGUUUAACCCAACUCCGUUCAGAAUCGUUUUUUAUUAGCAAUUAUUAAUUAUAUACACAUUAAAUUUCCCCUUUUCCUUCUCAACUUAUCUACUACAAUGACCCAUCCAUCGUGUGAAGUAUGUUUUUUUUUUUUAUUCCUAAUUGUCAAUCCAUUUUACAAGGUACAAAACAAAUUAUACUUUUCUAUACUAUUUAUCAAUUUUAGCAUUCGAUGUGGCAACGGUGGAUGUUGUUGCUGACUUUUAUAUCGCAAAAACACUUCAUUACAGAAAGUGUUUCUACAAGGUGGACCUUCUUAGUGAUGAGAAUAAAAAAACUACUUAUAACACGGAUUUGGUAAGAAAAUCAUUUUUAACCGGUUUUGUUAUUUUAAGAACUAGGAAAAAAUAAUAUUUAAAUAAAAACCUCGGUAAACAUAGAAUGGUUAUAAUAUACAUACUAUUUUAAUAUUUAAUGUAAACAGAAACACGCUAAAAGUAUUACAUAAAUUGACGUUAUCAGAAAAGAUAUAUAUUAUUCAAAAUUCGUUAUAAAUUUACUAAUUUUAAUAAUAUUGUAAAUGUUAAUAUUUCUGACAAUGUUUGGAAUUUUGUGAAUUAAUCACGCCAAAGCAGCAAUCCAAAGAAUUUGGAUGCAAUUUGGUAAUAAAAUAGAAUAUGGGGUCUAGGACAAAUGGAUGCGAUCGUCCGGACGUCGCCACAUGGAUGAGAGGAACAUCUAGACGCCGCCGUUAGGGCGCAAUAGAAAAACAAUAAUAAUGCAAUUAAAUGAAUACAAAUAGAAAAACUCAAUACAAUUAAUAUUAAAUUCGUAUACAUAAAAAAAGCAUAUUGAUAAUAAAAAUGUAUUUAAAUAUUACAUAUUAUUACGAAAUUAUGGAAUGUAUGUGCAAAGGUGUUCUCAGGAUUUGUUUAUUAGGGAGGAUAUGAAAAUGUGUUAAAAAGUUAACCGUGUUGGUUAAGCUCUCACACCCCCUUUCUUAUACAAAAACAACAUAAAUUAAAUUAUAAAAUAUUAUAAUUUUGAUUAAAACAUUGAAUUUAAAAUUGGAAUUAUAUAAUAAUAAUGUGAAUAGUUUAGAUUAUUAUCUGUGGACUAUUGAAUAACAGUAAAAAUAGAACAUAAUAAUAAUAAAUCGAAUUUUAUAAACUUAAAAAUAAACUUGCGAUAACGUCAUAGGAAUACCAGAUUUCAAAAUUAAAAAUACGAGACAAACCUAUACACCAUUGGGUAUACAAAUUUAACUUUUACAUUUUACAAAUUUAUUUAUAACAAAAUCAAAUAUCUACUAAUUUAGAAAAUGUAAAGAUGAAAAUGAGAUUACAAAUAUUUUAUUUGGUAAAUUAUUGAGAUAUAGAUAAGGAACUCUUUUUACAGUUUAGUAAUAAAUGACAAUAUUCUUACAUACAAAACAUAUUUUUAAAACUUGACAGUAAGCAUAUCUCUACUUUACUUAUUAAAGUUUUAACAUUGUUAAAUAAAAAGUCAUAAAUGUGUAUAUGAAAAUAAAAGUAAAAAAAAAAAAUAAAAAACAAUGUAUACUUUUAUUAAAAAGAUAACAAUAUAAAUUCAAUAACAAUUUCAAAAUCUACAAAAUUAGAUUAGCAAACCACAAAACUGAAGUUGAAGUAGUUGAAAUUAAGACUAAAUUAUUAAGUAACUAUUAUUUUGUUAUUUAUCUCUUGUCACUAUUUUCUUUAUGCUUACAAAAAUAAAUAGUGGGUAAAAAAUAAUAUUAAUUUUUUGAAGUAAAUAAUAUCAUUCAUGACUGGUAACUGAUAAGAAACUAAUAGUUGACAAUAAAGUUUGGACCUCGGAUAUUGAUGCUAGAACCAAUUUCCGAAUCGAUCACUGUACGGUAAGCUAAGACUGGUAGGAACUGCAUAGCCUUAAAUCAUAUACAAUGGAUGGAGCCACAGCUCAAUAUUUUGAUUGCGUGUUAGCGACGAGUCGAAUUUUAUCCUAAUGCUUUAAUAUGAUGUGGUAAAUAUUAAAUAGAUAACUUAAAGGAUAAAUGAUAAUAAUGAUACACAUUUUAAUGAAUUAAAACUUGAAUUUAUUGAAUUUAUAAUAAAAUAAAAUCUGUAUAAAGUACCUAUAAUACAUUAUAGAUAAAAACAAAAUAUAUAUGUCGAUAAUUUGAGAUAAAUAUGUGACUAGUUGCCGACCCGCAUACUCCCAUGCGCACUAAAGAUUACUUACCUGGUAACUCGUUGCUAAUACGUACAUCAUCGAUAUUAUAUAUAAUUUAUAGGCUGUGGCUCACUGUUAUACAUUGUGUAAAGGCAUAGGCAGGAUGUAGCAUUUAUAUAAUCAGUUAAUCAGUGGUUGAAAAAUAUUUUAAUCUUGACAUUUGAAAACACAUUUUAAAAAUUAUUUACAAAUAAGUAUAAAACAAUAAUGUAUUAUACUUUUACGGGACACACAGGACAAACAUUUUAUGAUAUGGGACAUUUUCACGAUGUUUUAUCUGAGACACCGGGACGCUGUCAUGAAUUACGGGACGUUCCCGAAUAAUACGGGACGUAUGGCAUCCCUAGAUAACGAUGCAAUCGUGUAUAUAUAUAUGUAAAAUAUAUGUAGCACCAUUUCUGAAUGGAAAUAUUUUCUAAAUCGUGCUUACUGCACAGGACUUACCGUCCUUGUUUAACGUCGUCUCAUUUAGCGUUGUUUCGCUAUUGCAUCGUAGAAGUUUAAGUCCUUAUGUUUCGUUUUACACUGCAACGGUUUCAUUAUAACGUCGUCUGUAAUACAUGUGUUCAUCAAAUGUUUGUUAUAUGUAUGUAUUUAAUAUAAAUAAAUAUGAAAAAAAAAUAUAUAAAUAUUAUUUAUAUAUAUUCUCUAUAAGUCGUAUAAACCUAUAAUAUGUGCCUAACUUUUAAAUUGCUUAAAUUGCUUAAAAUGCAGAUAAACAGUCAACACUAGACUCAUUUUUUAAGAAAUAAAAUUGUAAAUACGUAUGUAAAUCUAAUUAUAAUAAAUAAUGAAUAUGACUAUAGUAAAAACAAAGCGACAGUUAUUACAACUACCAGUGAUAGGAUAUGUUGGAUAACCAAAUAAAACAGCCCACCUACAGUAUCUGAUACAGUUGUAUAGAUUUGGAAGAGUAUAGGUAAAUUAGGAUUAAGGUUAGAAAAACUAAAUGCAGAAGCUGGGUGAACCCACAAAAGGGAGGAAACCAGUAAUGUGUGUAGAAUAUAUUUAUGCCUUCCACGGUUUUCUACAUCAAUGAUUCCUACUUGACCAACACAGUAGCUUAAAGUGGGGUGCUUAUAUGUCAGCGUCGCGCUUAAUUAAUAUUGUGAAUUAAUGUGUGGCGUACUUAGGUGGCAAUAUUGUUUAAAAAAUAUUAUUUGUGAUUGAGCUGGUAAUUGUAUAACGUCAUAUUUGAUCAUUUAUUACAAACAUUAGAUAUUUAAUGUAUUACAACAAUUAGUACUAUAAAUUGUAAUAUUUAAAAAAACAAUACUAUUAUUAUUAUUAUUUAAAAGCUUUUACAGACCAUUUAGACCUUUUGCUCCUUUUACCAGAUUACUCUAUACAUUUUUACUAUCUGCAUCCUUAAUUCCCGUAGUAUUGUUUACUUGAUUAAAAUCUCCCUUUACCUGAACAAAUCAUAUCUGAAACGGUCUUCCACUGGGGCGUAAUCUAUUUAAUUUAGAUACUAGCACUUGUCUUAUUAGGCUGUUUUUUGAAUUGAAACAAGACAUUUUUUGAUAUUGAUUCAGUUAUAAACUUCAAAACAAAAAUGUAGUGAUUUAAUAUUUAAACCUUUUAUAAUAAUUUCUAAAUCUAAAAUUGUAUUUGGUUUCGUUAUCUGUGCAACUUUCGUGGAACAAAACCUCCACAGAUAACUAGGUAUUACUUAAAUUUUCCUUUAAUCACAGGAGCGAGUAUUAUUAAUUAAAUUAUAAAAAAAAAUACACAACAUAAUAAAACCUAUACAGUCCUGGUUUGACUCACAAUCUAAAUAUGUAUUAUUUGGGAGAUACAGGAAUAUUUAUUUUUUUAUCCAAUACUGAGUAUAGAUAAUGCCUUAUAGAAAAGUUAUUUUGUUCAUUAUGCUUUAUUUAGCAGAUUUAAAAUAUUUAAAAACAAAACUGUAAGUGGGGAUGGGAGUGACCACUGUUGUAGGUUAGAAGUUGGGAAGGUAGGAUACAUGCGGUUAUUUCAUUAAUAUCAGUAAGAAACGAUAAAUCGUUUCUGACGAUUCCGGGUACAGUUCGGUAAUACGUAUUGAAGUACCGUAAUUUUUUUUGCAAUUUUCGUUUAAAUUUGAUUAAAGUGAUUUUAUUUAUCGAAUUAUAAUAAUGCAUUUAAAAUAAUUGCAUUAUAUGAUAAUGAUAGAUGAGAGGGAAAGAAUGUUUAAUUUUACAUAACUCUUUAAUUUCCUUUCGUUAGGUAUCCAUUAUGUCAUAAUAAAUUGCAUUUAAAACAUAGUUAUAUAAUUGGUACCUAUUUCAAAAAUUCAAACUUUUCUCCAAUAGGCUUAAUUGGAAGAAAUUUGCGAUUUUUACACUAAAAUAAUUUAUAAUUUGAAUGAUCAUAUGAAUAUAUUUUAAAAUUUAAAAUUGUAUUAUUUAAAGAUUUAAAACAAGUUUGAUUUUAUUUUAAAUGUAUAUUAGGUAAAAAUAAUACCUUAAACAUAUUGAAUUUUAAAUACUUAAAUAUUUAAACAAUUUAAAUGACUAUCUAAUAUGAUUUUUUGCAUUUAUAAAUUAAUCUGAACUAGAAAUAAAUACAGAAUUGUAGAACUAUGUUUGAAAUUAAAUAUUUUUUCAUUGUUUUAGGAAGAUUCAAUUAAGCAUUUACAAAACCGAAAAUACGACUUGAGCAAAACGUUAUUGACAAUAGACAUUAAUGCAUAUAGCUUUAAAGUUAAGGUUUCUGAUAAUAAACAAUUCCAAACUCACACUUAUGGAGAAGUAAGUAGAUAAAUUGAAUGUCAAAACAAAAAAAUAUUAUUAUUUAGUAAAUUAUAUUCUAAUAAGUAUACAAGGAGAUUUGUUUAUUAAAGAACACUCAUUAUUUCGAAAAGUAUUCAUUAAAAAAAAAAAAAAAAAAAAUGUAUUUUUGACAAUUGAAGAAACAUGCAGAUUUAAAAUAUUACAUUAGCAUUAUUUUUUGUCACGCCCGUAUUUUUUAAUUUUUUAAAACAACUCUAAGCAACAAAUCAUGGUUCGUCUAUUCGUUGCAAAAAAAAUUUAACAAAAGACGAAGUUGUUAUUUGAAAAUUCGAAAUGUAAACUUAUUUCAGGUAUAAGGAGUAAUGAUAAAAAUUUGUCCUAAGAUAAUGGAGAAGGGUGCAGUGGCUGUUGUAGGUGGAAAGUGGGGAUGGUAGGAUACAGAAGGGAAUUUAUUGUAUUUCUGUAAACAACGGUUAACCAUUGCUAAUAAAAAAACUAUUCUAAACCGAGUUUAAUUGAUAGUGAUGCUUUGUGAAUAAUAUUUAUGCCUAUUAUUGUAAUAUAAUUAAAAAGACAUUAUAUAUUUUCUUUAAUAAUAUUUCUUUAAUCAUUACACACAUUUUCCCGUUUUUCAUGGUUUUCUAUUUUUUUCCCCGGUUUUUCACGUUUGCGGGGAAGAUUUCUGAAAAAAUAAAAAAAAUGACCUCCCAAAAAUACAUCCCAAAUCUAAUUUCCUGUACAUAGCAUCUUUGUAAAACUAUAACCUUCUUCGCUCCACUCAAAAUCUAAAACGUUCAUUAAAUUAAUGUAGGAUUUUGUAUAUUUAACAAAAUAUAUAUAAAUAUAUUAACCGUUUAAUAGUUUAAAAUCAAUUUAUCAUCUAUGUAUAUGAUGUAUGAGGAUUUUACAAUAUUCGAGGUUUCAGAAAUAGUUACUAACUUAUAAUAUUAUUUAAAGCAAUAGCAACAUGAUACAUGGAAUGAGAUAUGCAUAACAUAUAUUUAUAAUAGUCUUAAUGCAGUAAACGUAUGGGACACCUUGGCACAAUAGAUUUGGGGAUGUGGAACACGGUUGGCGGUGUGGUUUGUGGAAUCUCGAUUACGGGCCGUGCCUACGUGGUAUUUGGGAUAUGAGGGGGUAUGAGGGGUCACGUGAGUGUCGGAUCGAGUGUUGCCUCGCGGAGCAGGAUAAUGUACGAGGUGAUUCAUUUAAGUGGGUACACUCAUUACCUCUGAAAGUAUUAACUUUCUCCAGAAUUUGUUUUAUAGAACACUUAAGAAACAAGUUGCUCCAUAAUUUUAUAUUUGUGUUAUUUUUUGUAACCCUUAUUUUUGAGGGUAAAACAACUACCUACUUUUGAUUAAAUAGCAACCCAUAUUAAAAAGUCCAUAAAAAUAGAUUGAGUAUUAGUUAAAAUACAUUUUUAUGUUGCAAUUUUUGAUUUCUGUCAAGCUGUUGACGAGAUAUACAACUUUUAAUUUUAGGUUGAAGGAGAUGGUGUAUUAUUAACAUGUCACGCGUGCCAUAACGCCACACUAAUGAUACUCCAUUCCUCCAACCCAAACUUAAAACUAGAAUAUAUUGUCAACGGCUUGACAGAAAUCAAGAAUUUCAAUAGUAAAAUUUAUCAACAAAAUUUAAUAUUCUCCAAUAAAUCUUAAUUUAAUUUUUUCACUUGUUUAAAUUAUGUACAAUAUAAUCUUCGGUGUCACAUCAUUUUAUCGCGGUAAUUUCAAUGUUGGUCAAAUGAACGCGGUCAUUUAAUGCAAGAUAAUAGGGUCCUCUUUUUUUUUAAUUUGUAUUAAAUAUUAAAUAAAUAUAAUACUUAAUAAAUGCACACGCAUAAUAAAUAAAUUAAAACCAUUAAGAACCAAUCAAUUUUUCACUCGCUGACUUAUUAUAAAUUAUAAAGGCAUUUUAAUAGAAAUUAUGCGUCGUAAGUAUCGGCAAUUACUAAACAGUGAACACAUAAAAUGCAUAUUUAUUAUCAAUUAAAUUUAUCGUUCCCAAUAAUUAUAAAGAUAGGCAUGAUCAAUUUUCCAAUGUAUUUUAAAAUGUUAUAUCUAAUAAUAUAAUAAUUAUAUAAUGUCUGUAUAUAAUCUUUAGAAAUAUCUAAAAUAUUGUUACAUAAUUUGUACAUUUAUUUUGAAAAAAUAUCAAUUACAAUAAUUAAAAAAAAAAAAUGCGUCAAAAUAUGCUAUGCGCCCAAUGUCUCACCUCAAAAUAACCGCGUCCAUUUGACUCACGUAAAAAUUACCGCGUUGAAGUGACGUAGAUUCAUAUUUUUUUACUAAAUAUUUUCUGUUUCAAUUGUAAACAAAUCAUAUUUAUUUGUUUUCUAUUUACGAAAUUUAUAUUCAUACUUGCUACAUUAAUAAUAUAUUUCUAGUAAUAAACUCAUAACCUAUAACAAUGAAAAUAAAAUAAUUCUAUUGUUAUAUUCUACAUAUUUAAAAAAAAUUAUAUGGUAUUAGAAAAAUGAAUUAUUAGGAAAUAAGGCAUCUAGAGUAUCAAUAUCUAUGAUAAAUGGCAUCGAGAAAAAAAACGUUUGGGGGACACGGACUAGACACGGACGUUCAAUUCAUAAUUAUAUAAUCAUGGAUUCUCAAUGAAUCUGUAAUUUCGGGAGAAGGAGCGGAGUUGCGAGACUCACAUACGUCUUUAUAUUGCUGCCUCAAAACACCUAAUAAAUAUCAGAAAUCCGCUGUACGCUUUUUUGAUAGACUUUAAUCUAUCUAUUGUAUCAAUUGCUAAACUCCAAAAUUUAAUUUUAAUUUUUAAAUGAAAUGGGUAAUAGGGCUAGCAGGGGUAGCAGGGCUUUAUUUGCGGGGGAGAAGUUCAGGGGUGCGGGGUUAAAUAUUUUCAAAGUGUAACACUUCUAAUUUUUCUUAAUUUUCUUAAUUAGGUUGAAUUCAAUUUAUCAAUUUAUUCAAUUUUAUUCACAUUUAUCAAUCAAUAUCAUCUAUUUUACUAUUACUUCAAUACAAUUCAUGUUAUUAAAAUGGUUUAAUAGUAUAAUGUAUACUAUAAGUAAUAUAACAGGUGAUUUAUAAUAAUGGAAAUAUCACACUUUGCUUAAUUUUAAUAUUUUCAUUAACAAUAUAAUUAUUAUAAUAUAUUCUUUAUAAUAAUAUUCUAGAAUCAUUAUUCCCUCGAAAAGGAGUUAAUAUUUUGAAUUUUUGAAUUACAUCAUAAAUAUAUUAGUAUGAUAAGCGAAUUUAGUAAGAAUCACGAUUUAAAAUUAGUAAAAUAACGAUCACCUAACUAUUACAUUUUCUAAAGUUUCCUAAAGUCAACUAUGUGUAUUUUCAGUUGUGUAGCCAUAAAAUGUCCAAACAUCGUCACAUGUGCACAGAUACUCUGGAACAGUUUUUUAACAAAGUAAGAAAACACUAUAUAUAUAUAUAUAUAUAUAUAAUAAAACUUAAGUAUAGGUAACUAUGUGAAUAUUAAGCGAAAGUAAUGGAUGUUUUUUUUUAGGCAAAAUUGGCUUUUCAAUAUAAAAUGUUGGGUAUAUAUGUAGUGUAUUUAGAUUCUGAUGAUGUUGGUGGUAAAUGUGGCUGUAGUGAUGAACAGAACUCAAAAAAUUAUCCCAUAUUAAAAGUUAUGGCGAAAGCGUUGGAUGGUGCUUUUACAAGUGGUGUUCUAAAUAAUUGUAAUAGUUUCGGGAAGCCUCAACCUGGUGAUAGCUAACCUUAAUCAAUAACAUCUAUUAAUUAAAACACGAAGGUUUAUUUUUUAAUA